AAGUAAAUCAGAACAAUUAAUAUAUUGCUCAUACUCGUAGAAUAAGAAUAAUAUACAUCUUUUUAUUUUUUGAUAUUCAGGUUGUGAAGAGUAGCACUUGACGUCAUAAAAGUAUACAGGUGAACCUAAAGACAAAGAAGCCAGGGACCAAUACAAAACGUACACAGACAUUGAGAAAGCACCAUACAGAGAUGGUAUCUUCUUCCUGUCAGUACAAUGAAAGUGAUGUGGGUCAUAUUAGCUCAACACCUGUGAAACAGUUACUUCCAGAGACUAACCUGAACUCCCCUGGCCUGAACACUACCUUUUCAUCACUUACAACCACAUUUAGGGAUAACGAGAGUGAUGCAGACUACAAUCCUGCAGAUGAUACAUUUAGCACAGAGCCUGAUCCAGAUAUUGACCAGAACUUAACAGAGACUGACCCAAAGGCACAACGAAAGUUCCUUGUUUUUGAAGAAAACCUACUGGCCCUGUUCCAAGUUUGCCCAGAAUGUUGUCACUCCUCUUCAUCCGAAAUAAGCCAGGUUCAGGGAAGUUAUGUAGCUAUAAGACAGGAGUGCUCUUGUGGAUAUCAGCGCAGAUGGGAGUCUCAACCCAGAAUGGGGAAAAUACCAGCGGGGAACAUUUUACUGAGUGCGGCUGUUUUGUUUUCUGGAUGUAACCCAACAAAAGUGUUUAGACUGUUUGAAUUCAUGAAUUUCUUAACAAUUACAUUGAAUACAUUUUUUGAACACCAAAGAUCUAUAUUGUGGCCUGCUGUAGACAUAGUAUGGACAUUAUAUAAGACAGCAGUGUUCACGGCAUUAAGAAACCGUGGUGGAAAGGUUGUUGUAGCUGGAGAUGGACGAGCUGAUAGCCCAGGUCAUUCUGCUAAAUACGGUGCUUAUUCUUUGAUAGACAUGCAGUCUGGACGUGUUAUAGAUAUUCAUUUGGUUCAGAGUAAUGAAGUUAAGAGCAGCUACCACAUGGAGCUUGAAGGUUUACAGCGGGCUGUUUCCAACCUGAAGAAAGAAGGUAUCUCCAUAACAGAAAUAAUAACUGACCGCCACCUACAGAUUCAGAAAUGGAUCAGGGAGAAUCUGCCUGAGACUCGUCACAGUUUUGAUGUAUGGCAUAUUGCUAAAGAUGAUUCGGCAGUUGUUGGAGACGUGCUUUCCUCAAAAGCAUCUCUAGUUGUAAUUGUUAUUUAG